UGUGCUUCGCAGGAAGCUGUUCCUCCGGUCCCAGAUGUUGGAAAUCCACGAGUCAGGCGAUGGAAAUGGGGCCCGAGAGAGGCUGGGGUUCUCUGUGCACUCUCCCAACACCUGCCUAGGCAUUCAUGUGCUUUUUCUCACCACCACAAAGAGAAGAGAGGGACACACAGAGCACAGGGAGGUGAAGGGCUGCCCUCAGAUCACAGAAGGAGUCUGUCGGCAAGGCAGCCUCAAAGCCGGCUCAUGGAGACUGGGCAGAUAGCCCCGUGCUUAAAUCGGCGAGGGAGAUCCACAGGCAGAGGAAGGCAUUGACAGCCCAGGAGGAGUAAUGGGGAAGAGCCUGAUGCUGCUUGAUAAAGAAGAGACCAAAAGCAGGCGGUUGAGGACAUUUGGGACCUGUUCGGUGGAAGCGGCCAUGUCGCGAGCAACUCACCCACCCACCUUCCCAGUGAGCUUCCAACUCCUGAGCGUUUUGCUGGUGUUGCUCUUCCAUGCAGAUGGCAUACAUGGGGAGAGCCCCAGCGAACUGCCUGUGAAUGACACCGAGGAGUGCACUGGCUCAUACAUCUGCAAAAAGGGUGUGAUUUUACCAAUAUGGGAACCCCAAGACCCCUCAUUCGGUGACAAAAUUGCUCGGGCAACAGUGUAUUUUGUAGCGAUGGUGUACAUGUUCCUGGGAGUAUCUAUCAUAGCUGACCGCUUCAUGUCCUCCAUCGAAGUCAUUACAUCCCAAGAGCGGGAAAUAACCAUCAAGAAGCCCAAUGGCGAGACCAGCAAAACCACGGUGAGGAUCUGGAACGAGACCGUUUCCAACCUCACACUGAUGGCCUUGGGCUCGUCUGCCCCCGAGAUCCUCCUGUCUGUUAUUGAAGUGUGUGGCCAUGGCUUCACGGCAGGGGACUUGGGGCCAAGCACAAUUGUGGGGAGUGCUGCAUUUAACAUGUUUGUCAUCAUUGCGAUCUGUGUUUACGUUGUUCCAGACGGAGAGAUAAGGAAGAUCAAGCACUUGCGAGUGUUUUUUGUUACAGCGGCAUGGAGCAUCUUUGCUUACACUUGGCUUUACAUUAUUUUAUCUGUGUCUUCUCCUGGGAUUGUGGAGGUUUGGGAAGGCUUGCUCACCUUCUUCUUCUUCCCCAUCUGUGUGGUGUUUGCCUGGAUAGCUGACAGGAGGCUUUUAUUUUACAAGUACGUCUACAAGAAAUACCGAGCUGGCAAGCAGAGAGGCAUGAUCAUUGAGCAUGAGGGUGACCGGCCCUCCUCCAAAGCUGAUAUUGAGAUGGACGGAAAGGUUGCUAAUUCUCACGUGGAGAACUUUUUGGAUGGGACACUGGUGUUGGAGGUGGAUGAGAAAGACCAGGAUGAUGAGGAAGCCAGGAGGGAAAUGGCUCGGAUUCUGAAGGAGCUGAAACAAAAGCACCCCGACAAGGAGAUUGAACAGCUUAUAGAGCUGGCCAACUACCAGGUCCUGAGCCAGCAGCAGAAGAGCAGGGCCUUUUACCGCAUUCAGGCCACUCGGCUCAUGACAGGAGCUGGCAACAUCUUGAAGAGACAUGCUGCAGACCAGGCCCGUAAAGCUGUCAGCAUGCAUGAGGUCAACAGUGAGGUGGCAGAAAAUGAUCCCAUCAGCAAACUCUACUUUGAGCAGGGUACCUACCAGUGUCUGGAGAACUGUGGCACUGUCGCCCUGACCAUCGUUCGCCGGGGAGGCGAUUUGACCAACACGGUGUACGUUGACUUCCGGACAGAGGAUGGGACGGCCAAUGCCGGCUCUGACUAUGAGUUCACUGAAGGGACAGUGGUCUUCAAGCCUGGAGAGACCCAGAAGGAAAUCCGUGUUGGCAUAAUUGAUGACGACAUAUUUGAGGAGGAUGAGAACUUCCUGGUCCAUCUCAGCAACAUCCGCGUGAGCACUGAGGCCUCGGAUGAGGGCAUUCUUGAGGCCAGUUGUGUCUCAGCACUUGCCUGCCUGGGAUCACCAUCUACUGCCACCGUCACCAUCUUUGACGAUGACCACGCUGGCAUCUUCACCUUUGAGGAGCCAGUAACACACGUCAGUGAAAGUGUGGGGACCAUGGAAGUGAAAGUGUUGCGAACCUCUGGUGCACGAGGAAAUGUUAUUGUGCCCUACAAAACCAUUGAAGGCUCAGCCAAAGGUGGAGGAGAGGACUUUGAAGACACCUGCGGGGAGCUGGAGUUCCAGAACGAUGAGAUAGUCAAAACGAUAUCAAUCAAGGUGAUAGAUGAUGAGGAGUAUGAGAAAAACAAGACCUUCUACCUAGAGAUCGGGGAGCCCCGGCUUGUGGAGAUGAGUGAGAAGAAAGCCCUGUUGUUGAAUGAGCUUGGUGGCUUCACCAUCACAGGGAAACUCUGGAAGGAGGAGGAUGAAGAAAAGCAGCCACUGACCAGCAAGGAGGAGGAAGAGCGUCGAAUCGCCGAGUUGGGGCGCCCGGUCCUGGGGGAGCACACCAAGCUCGAAGUCAUCAUUGAGGAAUCCUACGAGUUCAAGAACACGGUGGACAAGCUCAUUAAGAAGACAAACCUGGCCCUGGUGGUUGGCACAAACAGCUGGAGGGAGCAGUUUAUUGAGGCUAUUACUGUCAGCGCAGGGGAAGAUGACGAUGAUGAUGAAUGUGGGGAGGAGAAGCUGCCCUCCUGCUUCGACUACGUGAUGCACUUUCUGACUGUCUUCUGGAAGGUCCUUUUUGCCUUCGUGCCCCCGACAGACUACUGGAAUGGCUGGGCUUGCUUUGUUGUCUCCAUCCUCAUGAUCGGCCUCCUGACAGCUUUCAUCGGUGACCUGGCAUCCCACUUCGGCUGCACCAUUGGCUUGAAGGACUCGGUCACCGCGGUCGUGUUUGUCGCACUGGGGACAUCAGUGCCAGACACGUUUGCCAGCAAAGUAGCAGCGACGCAGGACCAGUAUGCGGAUGCCUCCAUCGGGAACGUCACCGGGAGCAAUGCCGUGAACGUUUUCCUGGGUAUCGGGGUGGCCUGGUCGAUCGCAGCCAUCUACCACGCGGCGCACGGACAAGCCUUCCAAGUCUCGCCUGGCACCCUGGCCUUCUCCGUCACCCUCUUCACCAUUUUUGCUUUUAUCAGUGUGGGCGUGCUGCUCUACCGGCGGAGACCCGAGAUUGGAGGUGAGCUGGGCGGGCCGCGGACUUCCAAGCUGCUCACAUCCUCACUCUUUAUCCUCCUCUGGCUCUUGUACAUAUUCUUCUCAUCUCUGGAAGCCUACUGCCACAUAAAGGGCUUCUAAAGGGACAAUCAGAGAUAGUAAAUAUAUAUAUAUCUAUAUGUAUCUAUAUAGAGUGAUAUAUAGGUAUAGAUAUAGAUAUAACGCUGUGUAUAAUGAACAGAGAAAGAAUAAAAGAGAUUUGCCAUGUUCACACACCUGCUGAUGGAAAGCGGCUUUGGAGCAUCCUUUGAACUAGGCAGGACCCCAAAGCCAGCAGGACUCCUCCCCGGGCAGCGGCCCCGGCCAGGAGCCCGGCGGCAGGGCCCUCUCUGCAACUCUACCAACAAGAGCAGCUGAUAGGCACCGAGCCCUUUCCCAUCGCUCUCUCCCACCCGCCGACCCCCCGGGAGGAUGGAUGCGAAGGCGACCGGGGCGUGUUGGUACGGGGAAGGCCAGAGUAGCUGGUGAGAAACAGAGCAGUGGGCGAGGGAAGGAGAGGAAAGCGAGGGUCCUGAUCUCCGACCACCACCCGCCUGCCUUCGCCACUCAGGAACGUCCCUCUGGCCCUGUUGGAGAGAAGCGAGAGACCGGACUGAAGACAAGGGGAAAUUGGGAGCUUUCUAAGGAUAGAACACAAACCGUUUUCGUCAUCGAUUUGGGGUUGGGUUUGGUUUUUUUUUUUUUUGUUUUGGCGUGUGUACAACUAGCAUUUCCCCCUCACAUGCCCCUCACCUCUCCCCCUCCGUGCUUCGGGGCUGCGCAGCCGCAACCUCGUGUCCAGUGUCCUAAGCUGAGGCUGCGCGGAGUGGCGGGGGCCUUCCUCCCGCCUCGUCUGCCUCCUCGGGCAUGCUGUCGUGGUAUUUGUAACAUUUGCAUGAAUGAAAUGAACCCUAUCUGUAUAUAGCAUCCUAUAGCGAUAGUCCUUCCAGCCAUGUGGGUUGAGCAUUGCAGAUACAAGUGUUUUCUUUUCACCGGGUUUUAUUUAUUUUACUUAGUUUAGUUUCGCCAUAGGUUUUUGUUCGUUCGUUUGUUUCCUCUUAGCGGGGGUAAAAGGAGGGAAAGCUGUCCCCAUUUAUUGCUCCGCGCGUGGGUCCAUGAGAAGCAAUAACAGCCACACAGAUGUAGGUUUUCAGGGGAGGAAAACCGAUACCCCAGCGACUGCAGGCUCCAUCCCGCUGCGUGGCUGGGGUGCCCCCCACAGCGGCCAGUCCGGGACAUGGCUGAAGCUGGCGUGAAGGCCUCCACCAUCCGCAGGAGGUUUUACACAAGGUCCCGGGGAGCCUGAGCGGGAUGAGCAGCGUCCGAGCCCGGGGGGGGGGGGGUGGCAUGGCUGGCUCCCAGCACCUCGCCUGCCUAUGCCUUUAUAUCCAGUGGGUGCCUCGGAACCCCGAUAUCUCCUGUGUCCCCAGAGGUCUAGUGACAGCCCCUGUUUCUGAGCGUUAAGCCAUCAGGAUCAGUCCCCGAAGCUGGUCCUUUCCCACAGCCAUUUGGAGGCAGAAUAAUUCAGCGUAAGGGCUGAAGGGCCAUAACGAGAUCUCCCACGCUGCUGAGCGUAACCGGGAAGCAUCCCCCAAGGAAAAAGGCCACAUUUUGCACUGUCCGAAUCUGAAAUCAAUGGGAAGGGUGAGGCAGGGAGGUGUAACUCAGCAUCACCCCCCGACUCCAGCAGUGGGGGCUGGGGUAACGAGCCCAGCCCAGGGAGGCGCGGGUGUAGAGCCCCCUUGGGCGCAGCACAGGGCUGACAUUGUGCGCUGGUGUUGAGAGAUGUCUUGUUACCCUACGCCCUUCGCCAGGCUUCGUGGUGUCCCAGCCGGGCAAACGCCCAGCCUGCACGUCCACUGGUGAUCUCUUCCCACCCAGCUGAAAACCACGUCUGAUGCUUGCACCAUAACCGAUUGGCCUGGGGUAUUUGUACUCAUUUUGAACAAUCUGUGGAAAUUUUUGUAACCUGUUGUAAGAUUUUCUCUAGGAAUAUGAAGUUGGGGUUUUGUUUUUUUUUCUUCUUCUCGAGCCUUUUCUCACUUUUGAUGGGUUUGGGGGUUUUUCUUUUUGUUUCUCGUUAUUUUGAGGGAAGAAUCAAACACAGGUGCAGGUUGUUCAGGUUUAUGAUUACCGUUAUGUACAAUGAUUUCAUUUUCAUCUGUUUGGCUUCAUUGAUUUUUCUUUGUGUGUAUUGCCCACCACUAUAGGCAGUGAGUCCACUAAUUGUGAUGAUCCUUAUCAAUGCUACACAAUGCACAGACAAAUAAAGUUUGUAAUGAUUCCUGAUGGAUCCAGUAGUGCUCCUGCAUAUUCUCUAUGGAAAACCCUUCCCUCCCCUCCCAUUGUCUCCCUUUCCGUUGUGCCCAUCUCUUCUUUACUCAUUGGUUUGCCUUCGCUGUGCUUCUGCCACUGUCGGGGGGGCAGCGGUGCCUCCGCGCGCCCACUCUUGCCCCAUCCCAUGGCUUUCUUCCUGCUCCAUCUCCAUUGCGCCUCAGGCUCGGUGUGUGCGGUACCGCCGGGGCUCGCAGCCUGCCCAGCUCUCAGGGGGAUGCAGGAAACCACCCAGGGACAAAGCGGCAGCACGAUCCUUCUGGGGCCAGGACCCGCUCCUGUGCUGGGUCCCCCGUCAUUGCUAGCUUGCCCUAGGCUCGGGGAGAGCUGUGCACAUGCCCCCAAGGUGCUCAGCAGCUCUUUCUGCUUGUGUCCUCUAGCCACGUAGAAUGGCUCCUGGCUCUCGUUCCAGCCUCCCAGUGACUUGCACUAGGUUAAGCCCCUAGCUAAUGAUAAGUAGGAAUGCAGCAAACCGGGAGCUCAGGCUGCUCUGGGCAGCUGCCUGCCCGUGCCCCAGUCCAGGUGCCGUGGGCCGUUUGUGACCCCCAUGGCUGGACAGAUCUCGGGUAGCACUGAGGAGGAGAAAUGUCUCUACGCGCCCAGGGAUGUUGCUCCUCCCUGUGUUUCAUCCAGCAUCUGCUGAGCCGCUGUCCCCGAAUAACUGCGAUGUCCCCCACACCCCCGCAAUGCUCCCAAGGUCCCGCUCUGACAGCUGAACUCAAACACCAGCUCUGGAGACAGUGUCUUCAUCUGCUGGGGCGUUCCCCGCUCCUCCCAGUCAGGCUCCUGCCCAUCGGCCGUGCAGGAUCGGGAUGUGGCCGCACAGCCGGUCAGGCUGGCACCAACAGCAGUGGCUGACUUGCGAGCUCCAGGCUAGAAACGUGCCACCAAGCAAAAAAAGAGAGAGGGUAGGAGGUAGCCGAUUUUGUUGCAGCGUGGUGGUGUCUGUAGAGGCCCAGAGGCAGUAAAAUUCCCAUCUGCUGAUGUGACGGGAUGUGUGGCAGAGCAGGUAGCUAACACACCCUGGCAGCCAGAGGAUUUAACAUGAUCUCUGGGCUGCUCUCACCCAAACCUGGCCCUUCCGCACACACUACGAUGCUUUUUGCCAGCCGUGCUGCCGGCCCCACUCUCCCUGCGGGUGCUCGGCACCCUCCAGGAUGAGUGCGGGUCAAGCUUCGACGCUCGUCGAGCCCCAGGCGAACGCAGCCGGUCACGUCCGUGUGCUUUUCCCAGGCAGUGAAUGAUGAAAGCAAAGCAGCUCUCCUGACCCAGUAAUUACAUCUACUGAAAGGUGAUGUUGGUAUUUUACUCUCAUCAUUUGCUUCUUCAGAAUGAAUUGCAGUCGCUGAAGUCAUUAACAAAUUGAACGGGACUCGUGUAGCAGCUCAGUUUAACAGGCAGUAAAUAACUCUUCUGCUCACAGAGCUUUCCAAAGGGAAUGAUGGAGCAUUGCUUGCUUAGGACGAGGCCUAAAUCACACAGUAAACACCAGCCUUGUUUAUGCAAUUAUUCUCUGCCAGCUGCGUGCUUUUUGGCAUCUUUAACGGGCGGAUGCAAAGCGUGAUGUGUAUCAUCCGCCCGGUCGCUGGCGGAGGACCCACGGACGAGCAGUGAGCCUUUCACCUACCUGGCUGCCGCCUUGCCGUGCCGAGGGGGGGAAGGACCGCUCCACCCAGCCCCAGCCGCCCGCCUGUGUUCGCAAGGGUGCAACGCCGGCUCUGCUGCACCAACCUCGUCUUUAAAUCAAACCCUCCAAAGGCAAAAGCAAACUGCCCUCCUCUGCGAGACGCCCGUGCCUGGCAGCACGCUGCCAGGGGACAGCAGGAGGGAGCGCAGCCCCCGGCGCAGGCACGUCUUGCCCCCACCCAUCCCAUGGGUCUGAUGCCCGUGCUCUCCCAUCUCCUCCUCAUCCCUGCCAGCCUCCUCACCCUCCCUCGCGAGGGAAGGGCAUCGAGCAUCUCUGAUAAAGCCCUGGGCUCAGGGAGGCUGCCAGAAACCGCACUUCAAACCCUCGGCCUCCGUCCAUCCGCCUGCCCCGGAUUCUCGUCACCCCCUCUCAUCGCCCCGCUAGCCAAAGGCAAACCUUUCCAUGGAAAAGGAUGCAGCACGGUGCAAAGGACAUUCAGAGACAGACGUCCGAGUAACUCAACAGGCCGCUGCAAAGCGCUUGGGGACAAACAGAAGGAGCGCGCGGAGCAGUGACAGCCCUGAGCAUCUUAGCAAAACCACAUCCCCGGCUCUUCGGGGGCCAACAGGAGUGGAGGCAAAUCCCAGCCACUACCUGAACGCACGGAAAAGGCGCAAAAGAGUCAGGGACUCUGCAGGUCCCUGGUGCCAGCUGGAGCCGCAAACCUGCAGCAUCUUACGGCUGAGCCUGCCCGGACUGCUGCUGCCCGCCUGCACCCGUGCCAGGGCAGCGAGGGAACCGCUCGCUCCCGAGGUGCGGAUCCCUCGUCUCCAAACAAUGCGCCCGCCCACGUGUCACCCAUUUCCAGGCUGCCUGCGACGGCUCUGGGGUGAGGGGACAUUGCAAGAGUCAUUGGUGCAUCUUUCUCCCAGCUUUCAUUGCUUCCUUAAAGGACAAAAGGGAAACGGAGGCUUUGAGCCCUUUCUGGUCACGAGUCUGGAUGCAGUCUACAAACUCACCGUGCUAUUUCUGCUGUGGGCGGGGAGGGGAGAACUGGAGCCUGUGUGGUAUUGUUACAGCUAUUUUUAAAUGCUUGGGUAAGAAUCAAGUGCAACAGUAUUGGGGUCAUAUACGUACCUAAGGAGGAGGUUCAGCUGCAUUCCCAGAGGGGCAGGGCUGGGCAUAGCCAGAAAGUGGCAGAGAGAAAAGAGGGAAGACUUAACGCCGGAGGGUGUUAUUCUGGGAGAAACCCCUGCCUUAUUUUUCUGGAGGCUUUGGCACCCAGGCCCAUCUGGGGAAGCAUGUUUGCAGAGCACCAGGAACCUCUCUGGCCUCUCUGAGCGUGCGAUGACCAACCACACACAUGCAUACACAUGCACAGCACAGCUGCGAAAAAGCCUGUUUAUCUUGU